AUGCCCUCCGAAGCUCAAGAAUCAGGCCCCCUCUACAUUGGCUUCGACCUCUCCACCCAACAACUAAAAGCCCUCGUUGUCACCUCUGACCUUAGAGUAGUCCACAUCGCCAUAUUCGACUUCGACGCCGACUCCCACGGUUUCCCCAUGAAAAAUGGCGUGCAGACCAACGAAGCAGAGCAUGAGGUCUUCGCCCCCGUCGCCAUGUGGCUGCAGGCCCUGGACGGCGUGCUACUCCAGCUGAAAAGGCAAGGGCUGGAUUUUGGCCGUGUAUGCGCCAUCAGCGGCGCGGGACAGCAGCAUGGCAGCGUCUAUUGGAAUGGGAAGGCGGAGCGAGUUUUGGCUUCGUUGGAUGCGGGGGAGGGGCUGGAGGGCCAGGUUGCGACGGCGCUGUCGCAUCCCUUCAGUCCCAAUUGGCAGGAUGCUAGUACGCAGCGGGAGUGUGAUGAGUUUGAUGAGGUUUUGGGCGGUAGUGGGGAGUUGGCAGAGGUUACGGGGAGUAAGGCGCAUCACAGAUUUACUGGACCGCAAAUACUACGGUUCCAACGCAAAUAUCCAGAUGCAUAUAAGAAGACCUCGAGAAUAUCUCUCGUCUCGUCCUUCCUGGCAUCUCUGUUCCUGGGCAAGAUUGCCCCCAUUGACAUCUCAGAUAAGUUAGGCGACGUGCCUGACGACGGCGGCAUCCACCUAGGUAAAAUUAACCGCUACUUUGUCGACCGAUAUUCAUUCAACCCGGACUGCGUUAUAAUCCCGUCCACGGGAGAUAACCCAGCUACAAUCCUCGCCCUCCCCCUACGUCCGGGGGACGCAAUGAACGGCGGACUCGCCCGCGAACAAGUCCGUGACGCCAUCAAUGAGAAACUGGCCAAAACCACCACCAUCAACAACAACAACAACAACAUAGGCACCACCCCAUCAAACCCCUGGCACAACUUCGACAAAGCCAUCCACCAACUACCCACAGCCGGCCAACGCACAGAAUCCGACCCCAUGAAACUAGCCCUCUACUUCCCCAAACCAGAAAUAGUCCCCAACAUCCCCCGCGGCGAAUGGCACUUCACCUACAACCCAGGCACAAAAACCCUAACGCAAUCCCAAGACGGCUGGGACAGACCCCUCGAUGACGCCCGUGCCAUUGUCGAGAGCCAAAUGCUCUCCCUCCGCCUGCGCUCCCUCGCUCUCCUGUACAGCCCAUCACCGGACCUCCCGGCGCAGCCCCGCAGUGUAUACCUUGUCGGGGGCGGGUCGCGCAAUAGAGCCAUUCCGAAAGUCGCUGGCGAGGUGCUGGGUGGUGUUGAAGGGGUUUAUAAGUUGGAUGUUGGGGAGAAUGCGUGCGCGCUUGGGGCGGCGUAUAAGGCUGUGUGGGCGAUGGAGAAGGGUGAGGGUCAGAGGUUUGAGGAGUUGAUUGAGGAGAGGUGGAGGGAGGGUGAGUUUGUGGAGAGGAUUGCCCGGGGGUAUUGGGGGAAGGUGUUUGGGAGGUUUGGGAGGGCGUUGGAGGGGUUUGAGAUGAUGGAGAGGGAGGUACUGAGGGAGGUUGGGGAGGGCAGGGAGGUGGGAUAA